AAAAUAUCUUUUUCUUUCUCAAUCAAAAUCAUUAUCAAAAUUUCUCUCCAUCCUCUGCAUCGCCGAAUCAACAAUUCGCGAUUAUUUUUUUCGCCGGCGAUUGCAGAGGAGAGAGAAAAUCAAGCUUUUUUUUCCACCAUUAAUGGCGAUACUUUACGCACUAGUAGCUCGAGGAUCUGUAGUUUUAGCGGAAUUCAGCGGAACAUCGACGAAUGCUAGUACAAUUUCGAAGCAGAUUCUCGAGAAGAUUCCAGGAGAUAGCGAUACGAAUGUUUCGUAUUCGCAAGAUCGAUAUAUUUUCCAUGUUAAGCGUACUGAUGGUCUCACUGUACUUUGUAUGGCUGAGGAUAAUGUCGGACGAAGAAUUCCAUUUGCGUUUCUUGAAGAAAUACAUCAAAGGUUUGUAAAGACCUAUGGUCGUGCUAUACAUACUUCACCUGCAUAUGCAAUGAAUGAUGAAUUUUCAAGGGUGUUAAACCAACAAAUGGACUAUUACUCAAAUGAUCCGAAUGCUGACAGGCUGAACAGAUUGAAAGGUGAAAUGACUCAGGUGCGUAAUGUCAUGAUUGAGAAUAUCGAUAAAGUUUUGGAUAGGGGGGAGCGCCUGGAGCUGCUUGUUGAUAAAACUGCCACAUUGCAAGGCAAUACUCUUCGCUUUAGAAGGCAAGCUCGCCGCUUCAGAAGCACUGUUUGGUGGAGAAAUUGCAGGCUCAUGUUUACUUUGAUUAUCGUACUCUUGAUCAUCAUAUACAUUGUGCUCGCCUUUGUUUGUCACGGACCUUUGCUACCUUCCUGCUUUUAAGUAUGUGGGCGAGAAAGACUGGUUUUCAAAUUACUCUUGAGUAGAUAUGUUACUCGAUGGAUAAGUUUUGGAUCAUUUUCCACAUUUUUUUCAUGAUGAUCGGUUUCUUCUGAAUCCCGGUGUACUUUAGAUGUUCAACAAGGCAUAUAAUAAAACUUAUUGCUGUGAAAUUAUUAUUGCUCUAUAUAUGUAUAUGCAAGGUUUAUUCUUUCCUCUUUCUCUCUUGGUUCUGGCUGUCUGUUUCUUUUUCUCGGGUGGGUUGCGGAUUAUGGUGGAUUUUGCGUUGCCUGUUGCUGCUAUUUUUCUGGAGGUUGUUUGUGAACGAUGUAAUAGUAGUCUGGCAAUCUGUCAUACAUUCUUUUAAUACAUAUAUUUGGUGUUCCUA